AGUAGACGGUAGUAUUCGUUUUGACGUGGUCGUAUAUACAUUCGUGCACUCCGUCCUUUAGAAAUACUCGUACUUCAUCGUACCCGAAGUCUCCAGAAAAAUUAAAAGACAAUGGCACCCAAAAUCAUGUUGCUGAUCACCUUGUCAGUUGCGUCCGCCGUGCUAGUCUCCGCCGCUUCCCCGCCGUUCCAAGAACGCAAAGCCAUAGUCGUUCUCAAGGGACCCGGCCAGGUGAGCGGUAACGUGACAUUUAUCCAGGCUAAUCGCGGUGGCCCAGUCAUGAUAACCGGAGUGGUGUCCGGUCUUACCGAAGGACCGCACGGUUUCCACGUUCAUGAGAAGGGAGACGUGACCAACGGAUGCAUAUCCACCGGAUCGCACUUCAACCCACAAGGGAACAAACACGGCGGACCCAACGACGAGACCAGACACGCCGGAGACUUGGGCAACAUCCAAGCGGACAACACGGGGGUGGCACAGUUCUCUUACUCGGACUCUCUCAUCUCGCUGGUCGGCGCCCACAACAUCCUGGGUCGCGCGGUGGUCGUGCACGCCGACACCGACGACAUGGGCCGCGGAGGGUUCACCGACAGCCUGACCACCGGACACGCCGGUUCCAGGGUUGCGUGCGGAGUCAUCGGAAUCCUUGAUCCGAUCACGCCGUGGGACAAGUCGGCGGGUCACCGAAGUCCGUCCACAUCGCACGUCUUGUUGCUGACCGCCGUGGCCGCGAUAGCUUCCAUGUUGGCCGCCAACUCGAUUUAAACGCACACGCCGACCAUAUCCACCUGCACUUCCACCGCUACGCCUCCGAUGCCGCGAAAAACUCCCGUUACGCGAAGGUUCUCUCUUUCUCUCAUAACCACAUUUUUUUUUGUGCAAAUCUGUGCGAUUGCGCAUCUCUUUACUCAGCGGUGACUAUAUAAGGCAACCGCCACAAUAUUACGCCCGAAAUCUACAGUGGUUAAUACCUACUUAACCUUUAGUAACCGUAUAGGUAUACGUUACGACCAUAAUAUUAUAUGUUAUAUGUACAUUGUACAAGUGUUUAGGUUGGCGUGUACCUCUAUUAUAAUUUAUAUUAUGUUUAAUUAUCCUCAUCUCGAGCGCAGACAAAAAUGAAUAACAAUUAUUACUAUCACACAAUUAAAAUCUGAAAAUACAUUUCAUAUAGGCGGCGUCACUAUGCUGAGUGGGGGCUUGAUAGGGGUUAAGUCCUUCUCGGUUUCGCUUUAAGACCCCCUUCAUAAAAAUAUGAUUUACGAUUACAUCAUUCUUUGCGAGGCUUUAAAAAAAAUUAAAGUUUUUUAAAAUCAUUAUUAUCAUUAAGACCUUACGUAACCACACCCCC